GGGCUUUUCCGGGAGCUUUCCUGCAAGGUCCUCCUCUCUGAAGCUGAGCAAUCUGGAGUGUAUCUUCUUGGCGUGUUCUGUGUGCAGGCUCAGACAAGCUUAGAAGUCCCGACAUGGAAUGUGGAAGACAUAAGGACUGAGAUGGCAAAGGCAUAGAAAGCUGUACACAGAUCUUCAUCUACUGUUCUUGUAGGACCUGGGUGUUGUGACCUAUGAUGAUGUGCAUGUGAACUUCACUCAGGAAGAGUGGGCUUUGCUGGAUCCUUCUCAAAAGAAUCUCUACAGAGAUGUGAUGCUGGAGACCUACAGGAAUCUUGCUGCUAUAGGCUACAGUUGGGAAGACCAUAAUCCUGAAGAACAUUUUCAAAGUUCUAGAAGACAUGGAAGGCUUGAAAAAAGUCAUAUUGAAGAGAAGCCCUCUGAAUUUACUCAAUGUGGUAAAGUCAUUGCAUAUCAGAGCCAUCCUCAAGGGCAUCAACAAAUUCAUACUGGAGAGAAACCCUAUGAAUGUGAGCAAUGUGGUAAAUCCUUUGUAUGUCAGAGUGGUCUCCAACAGCAUAAAAGAACACAUCAUGGAGAGAAAUCCUAUGAAUGUAACCAGUGUGAUAAGGCCUUUGCUCUUCUCUGUCAUCUUCGAGGGCAUCAAAGAAUUCAUACUGGAGAGAAACCCUAUGAAUGUAAUCAAUGUGAUAAAGCCUUUGCAUGUCAAACUAGUCUCCUGUAUCAUAAAAGAACACAUUCUGGAGAGAAACUCUAUGUCUGUAAUGAAUGUGGCAAAGCCUUUGUACUUCAAAGUUAUCUUCAGAUACAUAAAAGAACACAUACUGGAGAGAAACCCUUUGGAUGUGACCAGUGUGAUAAGGCAUUUGCACAAAACAGUCAUCUCCUAACACAUAAAAGAACACAUACUGGAGAGAAACCCUUUGGAUGUGACCAGUGUGAUAAGGCAUUUGCACAAAACAGUCAUCUCCUAACACAUAAAAGAACUCAUACUGGAGAGAAACCCUUUGGAUGUGACCAGUGUGAUAAGGCAUUUGCACAAAACAGUCAUCUCCUAACACAUAAAAGAACUCAUACUGGAGAGAAACCCUAUGAAUGUAAGCAGUGUGGUAAAGCCUUUGGGUUUCAAAGUGGUCUGCAAAAGCAUAAACGAACACAUACUGGAGAGAAACCCUAUGAAUGUAAGCAGUGUGGUAAAGCCUUUGGGUAUCAAAGUGGUCUGCAAAAGCAUAAACGAACACAUACUGGAGAGAAACCCUAUGAAUGUAAUCAGUGUGAUAAGGCAUUUGCAUGUCAAGCUAGUCUCCUGAAUCAUAAACGAUCACACACUGGUGAGAAGCCAUAUGAAUGUAGUGAAUGUGGUAAAGCCUUUGUACUUCACAGUUAUCUUCAAAUACAUAAAAGGACACAUACUGGAGAGAAACCCUUUGAAUGUGACCAAUGUGAUAAAGCCUUUGCUCGAAACACUCUUCUCCUAAAACAUAAAAGAAUACAUACUGGACAGAAAGCCUAUGGAUGCAAGCAAUGUGGCAAAGCCUUUGCAAAUCACAGUAAUCUCCAAGUGCAUAAAAGAACACAUACUGGAGAGAAGCCCUACGAAUGUAAGCAGUGUGGUAAAGCCUUUGGGUGUCAAAGUGGUCUGCAAUAUCAUAAAAGAACACAACACAUACAGGAGAGAAACCCUAUGACUGUAAUCAAUGUGAUCUAGCCUUGGCAUGUCAGACAUCUUCAGAGCACUAAAGAAACAUUAUUGUAGAGAAACUCUGUGAAUAUAUUUAAUAUGGUGAAGCCUUUGUACAUUUCUAUCGUCUUCAUCUUUAUGUAAGAAAUCCAUACUGGAGGGAAACUAUGAAUGUACACUACAUCAGAUCAAGCCUUUUCACAUUUUACAAGCCUUAGUCAUCAUGAAAUAAUUCAUACUGGGGCAUAUCCCAAGCUUUUGUCCCCACCGGCAAGAACACGCUCAGGACAACCGGAAUCUUCUGCGGCAAAAGCUUUAUUGCUUACUUCUUCAGGAGCAAGAGGAGAAGAGGAGCGAAUGGCAAAACCCUGUCCCUUUUAUGGAGGAUUGUCCUCCGCCUCGAAUGUGUCGCUCCCUGAUUAGCUGCAGCCCAUCGACCGAGUUGUCGUUACGGGGAAGGCAGAGCACAUGGAGUGGAAAACUACCCUGGCACAUGCGCAGAUUAUUUGUUUACUACUUAGAACACAGGAUGUCGGCGCCAUCUUGUAAUGGCGAAUGUGAGGGCAGCUCCUCAUUGGCAAAACUUGAAUAUAUUUAAUAUGGUCAAACAUUUGAACAUUUCUGCCAUCUUCAUCAUCAUGAAAGUAUUUCUCCUGGAGAGAAACUCUAUGACUAUAACGGAUUUGCGAUAUGUAUAGCUGUCACACUAACAUUCAGUUUCACAAGCUUAGACAAAAAAAAUGUGACAAGUGCCAACAACCCAUUCAAGCAUUAUGAUGUGAUGUGCCUCUUUCUUUUAUUUUGUUUGCACUUAUAAUCAUAUUCCUCGACAAUUAUAUGAAAUAGCUCAUCCAGGUAUAACGCUUUUUAUUUUGAAAGAUUUUGAGUAGGUAUUGAAGGUUGCUAUAUGUCUUGCAAUAUAUAUAUUUACAAAAGCGCUUUUUAUGUUUCUGUAGUGAAACACUAUGUCUAAAGCAGCUUAUAAAAGAGGUUAUCCUGGCUCAACCAAAAUAGUCAUAAGCAGCAGAUGGAGGGAGGGAGAUGGGAUGGAAUGGCGGCUUCAACAUCAGGUGUGGAGAGAACAGGAGAGAUGGCUAGAUGGCCACGAAUAUGAAUGGAAAUAUACAACUUAUGGGACAGAAGGAAGGGGAAAUCUCCAGGAAAAGAAAAAAACAAAAAAAAAAAAAAAACAAAAAAAAAAAAAAACAGAAAAAAAAACCACUGGGAUAAAGGAGGUACCCAAGAAUCAGUGGAGUUUACCCUAGCUGUGAGUCACAAAAUUGGGGUAUGGAACCUGGAGAGGCCGUCUCCUGUAGCCAGGCAGGAACCCCAGUGGAGCAAUAGAGACACCAACCCUCCCUCAAAAGGUUCAACCCUAAAAUCCCGUCUACAAGAAAUGCAGGCAAAGGAGGUGGAGCAGAGACUAAGGGAAUGUCCAAACAGUUAACUGAGGGGAGUUCUAGAGAGUUAAGGGAAGGCACACCACAAUCUUGGGUGUUGCCCUACAUGGGAUUAGGUCCCUGGCUGAAUUAAAAGGAAAAAAAAAAAAAGGAACUAAAGUUAAAGCAAGCACAUCAUCAAUAUUCACUAGUAACUUUUACACAUUAUAACAUUUAUCCUUUGUUUCCUUCCUCUUUUCAUCUUUUCUGUAUUUCCUCCAUCAUUACCUGUUGCCAUCUUUUACUUCCAUUCUCUCUUCUUCCUUCCUUCUUUCUUCCUUCCUCUUUCUUUGUUUGUUUCUUUUUCUUCCUUCCUUCCUCUCUUCCUUCCUCUGAACCUCCACAAUUAUGAGCCUGGGAUCUAGUCCUGCCAUCCUGGGGGGACAUACAUAAAAAAGAUAAGUGCAUAGAAUGACUCUAAGCACCAAAUGUCCACAUCUCAAUUUUCCAUCUAAACCUCCAUUUGGGCAAGACUUUGGGGAGCAGGACUCUUUUCCCUCACAAUCAGGUAGACCCCUAUGGGGUAAUUGGUUAGGUAUGUCCUAAGAAACUAGGCCUGCUAUGAACUGACAGAGAUCAAAAUGAAGGUCAGGCCACCAUUUAGAGACUGAAAAACAUAUAGUACUGCUGUUAAGCUGAGCAGAGAGCCCAGGAGUCUCUAUGACUACUUCUUGAUUAGUUAUGAUAUAUCCUGCACGUACUUUAGAGGAGCCUUCAGUAAAAAUUAAAAGAACAUUAUGUAGAGGCUGUAAAGAUGUCAUACUAGAAAAUAAAACCUUAUGUACAUUUAAAUUUUUUAUCAACCUAUAUAGAGGGUAAUGAUUGUCUAUAAUGCCUUUAAAUCCUAUUUGAGCAAGCAACAAAUCUGUACUAUGCUGCUUUAGCCAAAUAUUUUGGUCCACAUUAACAGGCUGAAUAAUGAUGUCUGGUUCUUUGCCAAAAUAAACCAGUGUCUGUUUUCUUCGAAGUUUUAUCAUAUGAGCCACUGCGUCAUAAUAUCCAAGUAAGAGGAGCUUUUUGCCACAAUAAUUCUGUAGGUGUAUGAGUCAUUAUAAAAAUCAGCAAAUAUAAAGGCAAAGAAUAAUCUAUAUAAGUAACAAAUUGUUUUUAAUAGCUCUUUCUACUCUUUGUGAAAUCAAUAAUCCAUCCAAUGUUAAAGUUCAAGGGAAGAUAAGACCAGUACUCCCUUUAAGAAUAUCAAAUAGGGAGCUGAGACAAGAGGAUGGACCAUCUAGAGACUGCCAUAUCCAGGGAUCCAUCCCAUAAUCAGCCUAAAAACGAUGACACCAUUGCAUACACUAGCAAGACUUUGCUGAAAGGACCCUGAUAUAGCUGUCUCUUUUGAGACUAGGCCAGGGCCUAGCAAACACUAGCUGACUGUGAGUGGAUGCUCACAGUCAGCUAUUGGAUGGAUCACAGGGCCCCCAAUGGAGGAGCUAGAGAAAGUAUCCAAGGAGCUAAAGAGAUCGGCAACCCUGUAGGUGCAACAACAUUAUGAACUAACCAGUACCCCGGAGCUCUUGACUCUAGCUGCAUAUGUAUCAAAAGAUGUCCUAGUAGGCCAUCACUGGAAAGAGAGGCCCAUUGGACUUGCAAACUUUAUAUGCCCCAGUACAGGGGAACGCCAGGGCCAAAAAGGCAGAGUGGGUGGGUAGGGGAGUGUGGGGGUGGGUAUGGGGGACUUUUGGGAUAGCAUUGGAAAUGUAAAUGAGGAAAAUACCUAAUAAAAAAAGUAAAAUUAUAUUUAAAAAUAUAUUUUAUACUCUUACCACUGAAAAGUAGGAAGUUUCCUGACAGCCAGCUUUCCAUUUCCCAGGCUGAGGACACAUGUUUACAGUCAAACAUUGAGAGAAACUGCUCUUAGUGCUUAAAGCAACUAUGGAGCGAAAGGAUAGUCUCCCAAAACAUGUCUCCAUUGCAACGGAGGGGGUUCAAGAACUAUUGUCCCUGAUGUAUUCCUUGUGGUCUUAAUGAUGCUCAAAGUUUGGAAGUUAGUGUUCAUGAAUACAAGCCAGUUUGACUUGUAAAAUGUCAUGGCAAAAAUAGUUUUACUUUUAGAGACUAUGUUAAAGAUAAUUAUGUUAUCUAAUUUAAUUUUUGGUGAGUUAAUUGGGCGUGUUGUUUAUAGACAGGGAUGAGGUUUCUUAUAGAAUCAUGGUAUUCCCCAAAGAGCAAUAUAACUGCAAAUCCACACCCCAUCAUGAAUGGUAACCUCUUGAAAGCUACAUCUUCGAGUGCUUUUACAUUAGCAUUCUACUUUUUAUAUAGUGUAUCAUCUCCCUAGAUCACUCUCAGCUAUGUGAGGGGGUAUUAUGUAGAAUCCCAAGUGAAAAGCUAUUAACCUUCCAUAGGGAAUAUCAAUAGUUCACUGCAACUGACCUAGCUACUACUGUUUUGUUCUGCUCUAGUUGUCAUGGUCACGAGGGCAAAGUCUAGGAUGGCUUCUGUUUUUCCUGGAAGAAAAAGCAUGGCAUUAGCCUGUUUGGGGAAUCUUAAGUAUUUCUGUGAUGGCUAAUCUUGGUUUUCAACUUCAGUACCUCUCAAAUUGACUAAAAACCCAAGUCAUUGGGGAAUUCUUAGUUUAUUUGAUUGCUUGAGGUUAGAAGACCCUCCCUAAGUUUAAGCCGAAUUUUCUUGUGACAGCCUAGAUAAAGAACAUGGAAGAAAGAAGUUUUUGCUCUUUGUUGGCUUGCCCCCACUCUCACUUCAUGGGUAUUAGAGCCUAUCUCUUCAGGAUUCAGAUGUACGCUGAAAUGUGGACUUGUGGACCAAACACCUACUGAACUCUUAGACUUUUUCUUCAGAGAGAGCCAUUAUUAGACUAGCUUGACCACAGACUGUAAGCCGAUUGGCUAAUCUCCCUUUAUUUGUAUUCCCUAGGUUUCAUAAGUAAUAAGCUGUUGUGUUUAUAGAGAGGAGCCUAGCAUAACUGUCUUCUAAGAGGCUACACCCAGCAGCCAAUGGAAAAAUAUGCAGAGACCCACAGGCAAACAUUAGAUGGAGCUUGGGGAGUCUUAUUGAAGAGCUGGGGGAAGGACUGAAGGACCAGAAGGGAACAGGGAUUCCACAAGAAGACCAAGAGAGACAAGAUACCUGGACCCACGGGGGUUUCCAGAGACUACAUCACCAAACAGUGAUCACCUGCUGGAUUUAGGCCCCUGCACACAUGUAGCAGAUGUGCAACUUGGUCUUUAUAUAGGUACCCAAACAACUGGAGUUGAAGCUGACCCUGAAUCUGCUUCCUGCCAGCCUAUAGAUCCAGUUCCCCUACCUAGACCAUAUCAUCUGGCCUCAGUGGGAUUGGAUGUAUCUAAUCCUGCGGUGAUUUUAUGGGUUGAGGUCUGAGUGUGUGGGUAUGGCUGGGGGUUGAUACCCAGUGGGUGACUCUCCCUUCUCAGAGGAGAAAAGGAGGGAGGAAUGAAUGGGUGGAAGAUCUGUGUGAAGUGGUACUGAGAGGAGAUGGUGUGCUGAUACUGUGAUGUUAGGAGAAUAAAUACAUUCAAAAUUAUUUUAAACUAGGGACAUUUUAUUUGCUUUGUACUUUUAUAUAGAAUAUUUCUUCUACUGAAAAAAAAAAAACAACUGUGGACAUAGCAGUAGAAAUGGAAAAACAUCAGUAGUAAAUCUGGAACGGAAAGGCUUACAUCUGUCUGUAAGUAUAUAUAACAGGGAUGUAAAGAAAUUAAAUUGAAAAUUUUUAGGCUAAGCCCGGGAGUCCAUAUAUUAGAAGAAUGAAUUUCUAGCCAUGAAUACCACUGUCUUUUUUUUUUUUAAUACCACUGUCUUAAGAACCACAGAUAUAGCAUACUGGUUGUUAAUCCUUAUCAGAAUUCCUGUCUUAAUAUCUACUGAAGGCAUUUCUGCACUCUUUUAUCUACUUUAAUAAAAAAUCAAUUCUAUACAAUUAUGACUUUAUUAUUCCUUCAUGAGUGUAAGGUGGUUUUUUUGGUUAUUGAACACCUAGUGUCUGUCAUCAACCUUCCAAUACAUGCUAACCCUCCAGUUCCUCUCAACAAGUAGCCUGUUUUUAGGUCUAUGUUUUGUGUGCUUGAUGAACUGGGUUAAAUAGGGUUGCUCAUGUGAGUGCUGAUGGAGUUUAUUUGUGAGAAUGGGAAACCAUCACUCCAGCAGAACUUGGCAUUCCUUCUCUGCUUAAUCACUGAAUGUUAAGGAAUUUUUGGUAUAGACAGUUGUUAAUUGAUACCUUAUCCUCCUAAGGGGUGGUGGGGGGGUGCAUUUACAAGUGUAAUAGCCAUGUAAUUUCAGGAAAUCUGUGUGCCACAGCAUUUCAUCCCAUCACCUGGCUCUUGGACACUUUCCAACCCUCUUCCAUGGCAUUUUCUUAACACUGCAGGGAUGAUAUCCAUGUUCUGCUUAGGGCUGGGCAUUCAAUGAUUGCUUAUUCCCAGCUCUUCAAUCAGGUAUAAGUCUGCAUAAGUUUACUGUUUGUCACCUACUUCCUGUCCCUAAAAUACAACAAUCACCCAUAUGAAGGGGAAAGGGAAGAAAUGAGAAAUAAUUCCACCCAUGUGCAGGGGUUUUCCUUAUAGAGACAUUUCAGAAACUUUUUGGCAUUGGUGGGACCACAUAACCUGAUAUUAGAGCCUUCCCAAGUGAACCAGCAUGAGCUGUAGAAGGAUCCCCAGCAUUUCACUAAAGGGGACCCCUUUCUGGCUUUAGCUCUUAGUUGGUUUAGAACCCUCACAUUGAGUGUUGGAUAAUACUCAUUCACGCAUCAUCUCCAAUCUGCUUCAAAGUGACUUCAAGUGAUGGUGUUAUUUCCUGUGAAUUUAAUUAAAGAACUCUGGGAGGAGAUGGGUCCAGUCCUUUUGCUUCUUAAAUACAUGCUUGCCAAAAUGAACCUAGGCUUUUUAUCGUUCUGAAGACUAGCAGCCCCUUGACUGAUUACUAGGCCUUACCAGGUUCCUUUGUACUCCUGAAGUCAUUGUCCUGGCAUGCUGGUAGGACAAGUCCCCUGUAGACUAACAGGUCUUCUGUGAGGUUACCACUCCUGGCAUUCUAGGGUCUGAGGUUUGACAAUCUUGCAAAAAGGAAGGUGAAACUACUACUUCUGAAUCUCAGAUAUAAAGCUUCCAAAAUUCGGAGAGAUCCUAUUACAGAGACAGGACAUUAAGGCUUUCACCCAGAAAACAGUGUUUAUUAGGACUAGCAUUGCUGCAGACACUCAAACAAACUUCAUAACACUUCUCAUCAGCUCUUCCUCAGUGGUGUGUUCCACAAAGAUAUAUGUCAUGCUAAGUGUCACUACCCUGGAUGGAUUGUGUAAUAUCUGUGUCUUCCCAUGACUUCAUGAUCUCAACUCAGAUAUAAUGAAGGUAGUCUUCAACACCUCUGAUAAGUUUUACAAUUAAAGUUUAUUUUGUAUAAAGUGAAAGGUAUUAUCUAGUUUCAUCCUUCUGCAUGGACAGAACCAUUAGUCUUUCUUCCAAUGCAUGUCUUUGUCUUCUUUGUAGCAAUUUAAGGGAUCGUGAUUUUCUUGUUCGGCUUUGGGAUCCUCUUUCCUAUUCUCUUGGUUCAUCUGUCGAUUUUGUUAGUACAGUACCAGGCGGUCUUUAUCAUUACAUCUUAUGUAAAAUUUGAGAUUGGGUAUUGUAAUAUUCAUGCAAUAUUUUUACAACUAUGAUUGUCUUGGCUAUUUGUGGUCUUUUGUAGCUCAAUAUAAAUUCUUAUUAGUUUUUUUGUAAGUCUUUGAGAUAUGAAUUCCACAGCUCAUGGAGAGAAAUAAACUGGGUUUUUUGUUUG